AUGCGGGGCUGUGCUGCGUACAGCAUGUCUCAAGUCUUGUGUAUUGGGUUAGCAGUUUAAGUUUUGAAAAAAUUUAUGGUCUUUUUUUAGAAGAGAACUGAUAGUUCCUCGCUGCUGUCGAGGUUUUCUCUGUAGAGAGAGUGUCUCGUUUCAUCGAGAGUUUUAGUUUUGCGAUCAUCGCGAUCUUUUUGGUGGGGUUUGGCUGAUUGUUGGUGUGGAUCUCCAUCUCAGUUGAGUGGAUCUUGUGGGUUUUCUGCACCAUACCUGUGUUGGGUGGGCUGAUCGGUCCUUGGCGAUAUGGCGUUGGGUUUUCUUUUGGUAUCUAAUGGUUCGUUGCUUGGGAGUUCCUUGGAAUUGCUAGCAAUCGUUUGGAGUAGGGCGUCAAGGAAACGUUCUCGGACGCGAAGGGUUUUGCCGGACGGAUGGUUGAGGCUAGGGUUUCAUUGGCCGCCGAUGAGUUGUUCUGGUUGGGCAGACGAGCGGCGGUGGUCUCCGGCGAGCUUGAAGUGGAAGUUUGUGCGACGGCGUUAUGUGAAAGGACUGUUUUUGUGUAUAGCUUUUUCUGUUUUUACGAUAUUGGAUGGUUUUUGGAUGAUGGAUGUCCCGUCGCUGUGUAGUUGGCCGGAAUAUAAGGUUCUUGGUGCUUCGGUAGGCGUGAUCGGUUAGUUUUGGGCUGGGUAGACUGUGGUGGUCGGCUUCUGUUUGUUUGGAGGCCGACUUGGUGACGUCAUGGGUGACGUUUUUUCAAGAUUUUUUUGAAGAUAUUGAUUGCGUGUUGGCGAGUUCUUUCUUUGACUCUUUUCCCGCUGGUCUCAGACGGUGCUUUCUAUCGUGACGUCAUGGUAUUCAAGAUUUUUUCACUGAUCUUGUUUACCUGCUGUGGGGCCAUCUCCUUGACUUUCCUACUACUUUGUCUAAGUCGGUGCUGCAAUUAUGCUCCUCAGGUCUGACUCUUCAAGUGUAUGGCUUUGGCUUUGUUCUUAGCAGGUUAAAAAAUAAAAAAAAUAAUGGAUUGUUUUUUUUUGUUGUUCAUUGACGGUUUUAUUUUAUCAAUUUGACGUAAACAGAAGUCAGACCGAAUUACUGAUUUACCCUUGUGAUUUAAUUGCUAUCAAAUGAGGUAUUGUGGCCA